AAAAAAAAUUGAAAGGGCUGACAAAACGUCGUCGUAGUAUAGAAGUAACAGAGAGUACAUAGGAAUGGCGGCGGAAGCCAUCAGCAGAGCUCUCCGCGACGGAGCUCUAGAAGGCGAACACGCGCCGGCCCUCACCAUUAAAGACUCCAUCCACGCUCCCCUCGGAGCUUUUGUCUUCGAUCACAUCCUCGCUCAACUCUCUUCCAACAUUUCUUCCUCAAAAUCACAGGCCCAAGGCAUUGUGCUGGUAGCUUUUGCCCGGAGUCCACAGUUCUAUGCUGAGUUGUUGAAGAGUAAGGCAAACGACGCCGCUUCUCUUAAAAAAUGGCUGAGGAUAGUGGAUUGUUAUACAGAUCCUUUAGGUUGGAAAAUCCAGCUUGCAGAGAGUGGAAUCGUUAGUAAUCGUUCCACACAGAAUGCGACUACGGCCAGCUUGUGUAAAAAUGUGAGGGACUUGGAUAUGUUGUUUUCCUCGAUAGUCGAAUUGGGAAAAGAAGUGAUUAGAGAAACAAAAGGACGGUUUGCAGUUGCCAUUGACUCGGUAAGUGAGAUCUUAAGACAUGCUUCCAUUUCCUCUGCCGCUUCCCUGUUAAGCAACCUUCGUUCUCAUGACCAAGUUGCUUGUUUGUUUUGGUUAUUCCAUUCGGACCUUCAUGAGAUGAAGGCUUCUUCAGCUCUCGAGUAUAUUUCUUCUAUGGUUGCCUGUGUAGAACCAAUAAGCAACACAGCCAAUGGAAAGGGAAUGAACUCUGAGAACGUUCCUCUGAUUGAACAGAAUCUUGGGAGGGGAAAGUUUUCUGUGCGCUUCAAACGCAGGAAUGGACGUAUUAGAUUGAUGAGUGAAGAGCUCCACACUGAGCAAAUGGGCAUCAACUUUGUGCCUGCUUUCGAAGGUCACGUAACUUCUCAAAGCCUUGUACCUAAGGUCCAGUUCAAUCUGCAGCUGUCAGAAAAGGAGAGAAAUGACAGGGCAAAAGUUGUUCUGCCAUUUGAGCACCAGGGUGAUGGCAAACCCAUUCAAAUCUAUGAUGGCCGGAGAUCUGUGAGUGAGAGCAAAACUGAGAAUAAAGAGACUAAUGCCGAGAAAAUGCAUGUGAAUGAGGAUUCUGGUCGUGGCGAGAUAAUCUAUAUUCGAGACUCCGAUGAUGAAAUGCCAGAUUCUGAUGAGGACCCUGAUGAUGAUUUGGAUAUCUGACUCCACUAUCUUCUUUCUGACUGUUGGAAUCCUGGAAUUACUGACAAAUUGAUUGCAAACUUCAAAUUAUGCUGAAUCAGAAGAAUUGGCUGCCUAAACAUUGGAUGGCCCUUGACAAAGUACGAUGAAGCUCUGUGGUGCUGAGCAUAUUUUGACCAGAUGCUUUUUUUUCCCCUUCUGAACGUCUAGCUUGCUGAGAGUAAAGUCCGAGGAGCAAAAGAUUGAUGAAGCUCUGGCGAGUUGUUUGAGCCUGCAUCGAACUCGUACCAAUUGCUAUUCUUUCCCUCAUUGUCACAUGGAUCAAUAGACGAAGGGGUCUGCGUUACGGUUAAUUCUAUGUUACACGGUAUAUUAGUAACUAAUAAGGUGAUUAGUUAAGAAGUUUUGUGGUAGGAGCUUUCUGUAAAAUCGAGCGUCUUCUUGUGUUAGACAGCUUGGGAUGUUAAUUGUUGUGUGAUGAUCCUGAUAAUCCAGUUGAUAAACGAGUUGAAUGUUCCACUGUUUCUUAGUA